UGGACAAGUAAGAAUGGCUGUCAUGGUCACUGGCGAUAUAUGAGAGGAGGCACUUGAUGAAUUUAUUGAAGAUUUAGCUGUGACAGCAGAUGCUGCUCGGGCUGCAGCUGGCUUUCAUGCUCCCUGACGCAGGUGGCUUUAAGGCGAGAAACAUAUGCAAAUGCAGACGUGAAUGCAUGGCCAGUGAAUUGCAAGUGCGCUACAUAAAGAGUGUUUUUGCAUUACUGUGGCCAUAACAAACCUCAAUACUCAAGGAAACAAUAAAACACCAUGUGCACCUUGAUGUCUCUUUGUGACCCGCGUCAGUGAUUUUAUCACUGAUCCACUGUCUCUGCAUUGGUUGUCGUUGUGCGCAACCCUCAUCCAGAGAGGAGAUCUGGACACCUCCAUGGCAGGGGAGAAGUGCCGUCGCAGUGCCAUGGAUAUCAAGCGGCUGGCGGGCCUUCUGCAGCGUGGAGCUGGGCGAUUGCUGGUCAUUGACAGCCGGACUUUCUCGGAAUACAACGCCUCACAUGUGCACAGCGCCGUCAACGUCUGCUGCUCCAAACUGGUCAAGAGGAGGCUUCAGCAGGACAAGGUUUCAGUUACCGAGCUCUUGCAACCCAACGGAAAGGUCAAGGUGGAGCUGGGCCGCAGGCAGGAGGUGGUGGUGUACGAUCAGAGCACGAAGGACGCCGGUCAGCUUUCUAAAGACGGCUUCGUCCACAUCCUCCUGAGCAAGCUGGAGGGCACCUUCCACAGGGUGUCUCUGCUGACAGGUGGUUUUGCAGCAUUCUCAUCCUGUUUUCCGGGCCUGUGUGAAGGCAAGCCAGUGGCCACUCUGCCUAUGAGCUUGUCUCAGCCAUGUCUGCCUGUGGCAAACGUUGGUCCCACACGAAUCCUGCCCCAUCUCUACCUGGGCUCUCAAAAAGAUGUGCUCAACAAGGAUCUGAUGGCUCAAAAUGGCAUCACAUAUGUGUUAAAUGCGAGCAACACCUGCCCGAAGCCAGAGUUCAUCUCCGAAAGCCAUUUCAUGCGCAUUCCCGUCAAUGACAACUACUGUGAAAAACUCCUACCAUGGCUAGACAAAACCAACGAGUUUAUUGACAAAGCCAAGGUUUCCAACUGUCGAGUCAUUGUCCAUUGUUUAGCUGGCAUCUCCAGGUCUGCUACCAUCGCCAUCGCUUAUAUCAUGAAGACAAUGGGCUUGUCAUCAGAUGACGCGUACAGGUUUGUGAAGGACCGCAGACCUUCAAUAUCACCCAACUUCAACUUCCUGGGGCAGCUGCUGGAGUUCGAGAAAGGUCUGAGGUUGCUUAAGGCUCUGUCCUCGGGGCAAGAGAAGUUGGAGCAGUUGAAGGAAUUGACACAACCUAGAGGAGAAUCUUCUAGUGAUCCUGAAAAGGCUCAUCUGGGGGCUGAGAAGGACAGCACAGAUUUGGACACCAAGCUACCUUCUCCAACCUCCCUCCAGCAGGGCUUUAAUGGCUUGAAUCUGUCGGCAGAGCGUAUCCUAGACACCAACCGGCUCAAACGCUCUUUCUCACUUGACAUCAAAUCGGUCUAUGAGCCCAACUACUGUCCUCGUCUCACACCUACGCAUAACGAGGAUGUUCCGAAACUCUGCAAGCUGGAUAGCCCGGAGGCCGGAGAAGCCAUUGGUGUCUGCCAGUACUCACCUGUUUCCGUCAGCCCUGCUUUAGCUGAAUCUCCAGGCCUCUUUCCUGAGAGCAGCUCCCGACCUCGUUCACGGAGGAAAAGCAAGCACAAUGGUAGCAGUGCUGGAAGUUCUCCCGUGCAUUCGCACAGCCUAAACUAUGGACACUCGCUCCCUGCACACAAAAGUCCCAGUGAUGACAAUCUGAAGCCCUCCCUGCUGCUCAGCUUUCCCACUGUGGGCACGGGGCCUAUGUGGACCAAGCAUAGAGACACCGUUCAGGCCACAACCCCUGUCACGCCAACAGGCGAAGCCCCUUGGUUCUACAGCUCGGAGUCAAUGAACAGUAACGGAGGUGGAGGAGGGGCAGUACACUUUCCUGCACUGGGAUGCAGCAGCCUUCCCGGCCCAUGCGAGGCUGUGCAUCGGCGGGACAAGGUGGGGGAGCCACGGGACUCAAGGGGCAGCUGGCACGAGGAUGCUCUCACUUCCACUGCUGCCGAUAUGCAGUUCAAGCGGCGCAGCUGUCAGAUGGAGUUUGAAGAGGGGAUAUCAGAGACACGUUCAAGAGAGGAACUGGGAAAGAUCAGCAAACAGUCCAGCUUCUCUGGAAGCAUGGAAAUCAUCGAAGUAUCCUGACAUCACCUGCACGGCACACUAGGGACUUUUUCAUACAGACGUACAGGCGCCACUUAUGAGUAAAGGAUGACUAAGAGUGGGCCUGGCAAGGCUGUGGAACAUUCACAUUAGUUAAUAGGAUUGUCGAUAAUGAGCGAUUCUCAGAAAUGGGACUUUUUUUGUUGUUGUUGUUUUCUUUUGGUCUUUUUAAGCCGGUGGAACUGACUUUGAUUCGUCUUUCUACUGUUUUAAAGCCAUAACCAUCCCCAGAUGACAAUGAGCUGAGACUGCAGUUGCAGAAUUCCUCGUUUCCUAGCUCUAGAAACAGCCC